AUGAGCUUAAAAAGGGUCGUCUCUACGUUCAGAGUAUGGAGAAAAGUACGAUUCUACUCUAUCAAUGAAAAGCCUCGCAUAAAUCCGGUAGGAAUCCAACAUUUAAGCCAACAUUUGCAUAAUCAAAUAUUUGGCCCUAGUACCGAACAAAGUCAUAGGGAAGAUCUUAACCCUCAAGAUAAGAAGAGGCUUAUACGACUAUCACAACAAUUUUUGAAAAAGCAUGGCUUAUUGGGUAAGAAAACCUCAAUUUCAAAUCCCAUCUCGUUCGAUUUACCCAAACUACAGGGCAAAUCCCUAGAUGAACAUUUCCAAAAACUGGGUUUGUACGCGUCCCAGCCUUUUUUAGACAAAGCACGCAACAAAUUUACUCAAAUGCCGCCGAAGCCUCAAACCUGGUUGAGAAAAUCCGGCUGGAUACGAUAUUCAUCAGGAGAAGAACCAAAACCCGUACCAUUUCCUUGCGAAGAAACUAUAGUUUUUGAUGUCGAAACACUGUACAAGAUCUCUCCCUAUCCGACGCUCGCUGUUGCGGUGUCACAAAAUGCAUGGUAUUGUUGGUGUUCUCCAUUUCUAUGCGGUGAAUCCGAGGACCCGGCCCAUUUAAUCCCUUUGGAUACUUUGAAUCAAACUCGACUAGUGAUAGGUCAUAAUGUCGGCUAUGAUCGCGCACGGGUGCUGGAAGAAUACAAUUGUCAAGAGUCAAAAGCCUUUUUUUUGGACACGAUGUCAUUACACAUUGCAUCUUCGGGAAUGUGUUCGAGACAGCGACCACAAUGGAUGCAGAAACAAAAGGCUCAAGGGCUUCGAGAAGAUGAAGAGCCUGGAAUUUCGGAGGAGGAUGAUGUUGAGGAACCGUGGACCACAGUUUCUACACUGAACUCGUUGAGUGAUGUGGCUCUCUUACAUUGUGGUAUUAAAUUAGAUAAGACCCAAAGAGAUGCCUUUUCUACCCUUGACGUAAAUGAUAUUAUAUCCGAUUUCAAUGCUAUGGUUGAUUACUGUGCCAUGGACGUUGAAGCAACAAGCUCCGUAUUCGACGUGGUCCUCCCGCUCUUUUUACUAAAGUGUCCGCAUCCUGUGUCUUUUGGCGCAUUAAGAUUACUAUCAACAUCAAUCCUCACAACCAGAAAUGACGCUUGGAAAGACUACAUUGAGCGCGCGGAGGAACAAUAUCAAAGCAGUAAACAAAGCAUUGAAAAGAAGAUUAUUACAAUUGUCGAAGAGGUAGUAAAGCUCAAAGACGACAAAGAAACUAUCUCGAAAGAUCCAUGGCUUAAGCAGCUGGAUUGGACUAUUAAGCCUCUACGGAUCACAAAAAAAGGCGUACCUGCCAAGGGUCAAAAGCUACCAGGAUUUCCUGAAUGGUACAGGCAAUUAUUUCCCUCGAAAGAAAGUAAGACACCUAUAAUUACCAUACGGAAUAGAACAAUACCUCUAUUUUUCAAGCUUUCUUGGGAGGGAGAGCCAGUUAUUUGGACCUCUUCCAGCGGAUGGUGUUUCGCCGUUCCGGAAGCUCGAACAGAGGAAAUGAAAGACAAGAACUAUCACCUUGCAGACUCUGUUGAGAAAACUGAGCUGGGGUACAAACUUUUCAAAGUGCCGCAUCCAAAUGGUCAUCAAUACAAUUGUACAGCCCUUUUGAGUAAGCAGUACAUUCAAUAUUUCGAGAAGGGCGUGUUGACUGCACACUCAGAUCUUGCGCAGGAAGCCUUAAACAUAAAUUCGUCAUGUUCAUACUGGAUAUCGGCGCGUGAACGAGUCAUGUCACAAUUUAUUGUUCCCACGGAAAAGUUUCCGAAGCAGUUUAAAACGUUAAGCGGGGAAAAUUCGGGCGAUGAUGAAAUGAGCAUUAUACUACCAACUGUUAUUCCUAUGGGAACGGUGACACGACGUUCUGUGGAGAAUACCUGGUUAACAGCUUCAAAUGCAAAAGCAAAUAGAAUUGGCUCAGAGUUGAGAGCUCAAAUUAAAGCACCAGAGGGUUACGCAUUCGUAGGCGCUGAUGUUGAUAGUGAAGAGUUAUGGAUUGCGUCCUUGGUAAGUGAUUCAGUUUUCAACAUUCACGGAGGAACACCAAUUGGGUGGAUGUGCUUAGAGGGUUCAAAAAGCGAAGGGACUGAUUUGCAUACCAAGACAGCCCACAUUUUGAAGUGCUCUAGAAACGAGGCUAAAAUAUUCAACUAUGGUAGAAUUUACGGUGCCGGCGUUAAGUUCGCCACUCAACUAUUGAAGAAGUUUAAUCCAAAUUUAACUGACACGGAAGCCAAGCAAAUGGCUGAAAAGCUAUAUGGGUCAACCAAAGGCCUGACAAAACGUUCUAAGGUGUUUAAGAAGUUUUGGUUUGGCGGCUCGGAGUCCAUCUUAUUUAACAAACUGGAACACAUAGCUGAACAAGACAUUCCCAAAACACCUGUUCUUGGCGCUGGAAUUACCUCCUCCCUUAUGAAGCACAAUCUUGGUUCAAACACUUUUCUUCCGUCAAGAAUCAAUUGGGCAAUUCAGUCCUCCGGCGUCGACUACUUGCACCUCUUGUGCUGUUCGAUGAAUUACCUGAUCCAAAAAUAUGCCAUACAAGCUAGACUCUCCAUAUCAAUCCAUGACGAAAUUCGAUACUUGACUGCCGAAAAGGACAAAUAUAGAACUGCCAUGGCGUUGCAAAUCAGUAAUAUAUGGACCAGGGCCAUUUUCUGUGAACAAAUGGGAAUACGCGACCUGCCGCAAAACUGUGCUUUCUUCUCUGCGAUAGACAUUGAUCAUGUUCUCAGAAAAGAGGUUGACAUGGAUUGUAUUACGCCAUCGAAUAAGAUUCCUAUCCCGCACGGUGAAUCUGUUGACAUAACAAAACUACUAACACUUCCCGAUAGUAACCUAAGAGACGAAAGGGAAGAUAUUGACGUUUCCCACUUUCCAUACCAAUACAGGGAACCGGUAUUUUCUAAACAUAAAAAAGCAUUUAGCAAAGACUAUUUGGAUUACUUUUUAAGGUUGCAAAUUCAAUCCGUAAAAUGGAAGGUAGAUGAACUGGAGCAGGAUUACCUGAGACAAAACAAUGAGAGAAAUUCUGAACUGGAAGAAAACUCAAAGUACAUGUUUUUGGAUUAUUUAACUGAUACAAAAAUUGGAAAGCAUCCGAAGAUUAACAUCAUGGCUGAAUCUCCACCAAGCAAUGCGCCUGACCUAGAUUUACGUGGGAGUGAAGUCGAAUCUCGUGGAGAUUUGCAGAAAACGCCAAGCAUUCAUACACCCGAAAAGGCGUAUCGCGCCGAUUACCUACAGGAUUUGGAAUUGCAGCAUCAAUCUGCCAUGGAAGCAAAUUCGAAACCACUUAAAUCACAAACAAGACGGAAGACACGCAGAACACUCGCCGCAAAAAGUGCUGCAUACAAGAUGUUCAACGAUUGCAUUGACUCACCUCGAGCGCAAUGCACACAAAGAACGCUAGCAAACAUGAACGUAGAUAUCGAUUCAAUUGUCAAAGAAGUUGUUUCAGAUGAUAAAUUUCCCGACUCAACGAUAAAAAGAUCAAGAAGGAAGCCAGCCGGUAAAAGCAACAAGCAAACCAUAUCAAAACGAUCCCAGCAAAGCAUAAUAUCCCAAAACAAUGAAACAGAAUCUGAUUCGAGUGGUCGUUUACAUAACUAA